AGACUGCAUUGAGAUUUCAGAGAGAGAAAGACUAGUGCCUCCCAUUAAGGAACCAGAAUUAAUUAGAGAUCUGAGGAGGAGAGGAGGAGGAGCCUUCUGCAAUUCCCUCGUACAAGGGGAAGCCGGAAACAGAGAGAGAGAGAGAGAUGGGAUGCUCUUUUUCUGGUCUGAAUGCCCUCUACGACGCCGUUAAUGGUGGGGGAGAUGUUUGGAUCAAUGAAAACCGGUUCAGGGUCAUCAGGCAGCUAGGUGAAGGUGGCUUUGCUUAUGUAUAUCUUGUCAAAGAAAUCCCUUCUUCUGACCCCUCCUCCAAUGCUGGCCUCUCCAAAAAGUUCAAGAAUUCUUCUCAUUUAUCUGAGGAUGGAACUUAUGCAAUGAAGAAAGUUCUCAUUCAGAAUACUGAACAGCUGGAGUUGGUGAGAGAGGAGAUCCGAGUUUCAUCCCUGUUCAGCCAUCCCAAUCUGCUUCCUCUCCUUGAUCAUGCUAUCAUUGCAAUCAAGGCCCCCACACAAGAUCAGUCUUGGAAGCAUGAAGCUUAUUUGUUGUUUCCAGUCCAUUUGGAUGGGACUUUGAUGGACAACUCCAAGACUAUGAAGGCUAAGAAGGAGUUCUUCUCUACCUCAGAUGUUCUUCAAAUCUUCCAUCAGCUUUGUGCAGGAUUGAAGCAUAUGCACAAUUUUGAACCUCCAUAUGCACAUAAUGAUGUUAAAGCUGGCAAUGUACUUCUGACACAUAGAAAAGGGCAAGCACCUCUUGCAAUCCUGAUGGAUUUUGGAAGUGCUCGUCCUGCCAGGAAGCAGAUUCGAUCUCGUUCUGAGGCCCUUCAAUUACAGGAAUGGGCAUCUGAGCACUGUUCAGCCCCUUACCGUGCUCCUGAAUUGUGGGAUUGUCCCAGCCAUGCAGAUAUAGAUGAAAGAACUGAUAUCUGGUCACUGGGAUGCACUUUAUAUGCAAUAAUGUAUGGCGUAUCUCCAUUUGAGUAUGCACUUGGAGAAUCUGGUGGGAGUUUACAGUUGGCUAUUGUAAAUGCACAAAUAAAGUGGCCAGCUGGGCCUAAUCCUCCGUAUCCUGAAGCCCUUCACCAAUUCGUGACAUGGAUGCUUCAGCCACAACCUACAGUACGGCCACGAAUCGAUGAUAUCAUCAUUCAUGUUGAUAAGUUGAUCGCAAAGUUCUCUAAGUGAAGAAAUGGGAACUAGAAAAAUGUUGGUUUAAUUAUACAGGUGCUUUAUCUAUCUUGUUAUAUUUUGGCAUGUGGGUAAUGAAAGUUAGUUCUUAUCAAUCUUUCACUAUUAUGGUUAGUUUGUGAUAAGAAGAUUUAGCAAGUUCUCAGUUCUCAUUUCACAUUUAGGAGAGCUCUUGGCAAUUUUUUUGUUUUUUAUCUCCAUCUUGUCGUUGGUGUAAUAGGAAUUGAAUACAUCAGUCAAGUUUGAUGCCGUAAUGAUACCAAAAUUUUACUCAAAAAUUUUCCC